AUGGCGAGGGCGUCCAAGUUUUUUGACAAGUCGGGCGGAGCAGCUUCCGGCAACAAGCAAGACGCCGUCAAUGGUGCUGCUAUGACCAUCAUGAAACUAUUAGUGCAGUCCAAGUUCAGCGGCACUUCGGAUGGGAGUAACAGUGGUGGACUGGGGAGUCUGAUGGGUUUGGCUCGCUCAGCAGAAGUCGAAGAUAUCACCGGCGCGGGCCCACUCUCCCGGAUUCUCGAUCCGUUGGUGCAUCAAGGAGAGCCGCGCUCGACGGCGAGCCUGCUAGAUCGGCUUGAUACUCGGCUUACUCGACCGGUACCACAACCUGACUUUGUCAAGAAUGAGUAUGGCGGAAGCCUCGAUGUUAUGAGGCCGAUUGGAAAUAACGCUCCCUGCACGAGCUUGAGCCUUUUACGGUUCAGCCACGCAUCGGGCUUCUUCCUGGUGAUAUUCCGCGACACGGAGAGUCAGAAAAUUGUCGCAAGUCGGCACGCGAACCCGCUGGAUUCCGCUGGAAGACUUCGGCGGCCACUCUCAUCUCCCUGA